GUUUUAUCCAUCAAGCGUUGAUUGAGGCGUAUAAAGCGAGGGCCACAGGACCCAGCUGGCAUGGCUGUUGUUUCCAGUGUCUCCAGAGAGCUGUGCAGAAUGAGUAAGAUCACCUUUUACGAGGAUCGAAACUUCCAAGGUCGCUUUUAUGAGUGCGACACGGACUGCCCUGACAUGCACCCCCACUUCAGCCGCUGCAACUCCAUCCGGGUGGAGAGCGGCUGCUGGGUGCUAUACGAGCGACCCAACUACUCCGGGUACCAGUACGUGCUGACCCGCGGGGAGUACCCCGAGUAUCAGCACUGGAUGGGCUACAAUGACUCCAUCCGCUCCUGUCGUACCUACAACUAUACCAGCGGUGGGCCUUAUCGCAUGCGCAUCUAUGAGCGCCCUGAGUUCCAGGGUCGCAUGAUGGAGUUCACGGAUGACUGUGAAUCUGUCCAGAAGAGUUUCCAGAACCGCAACAUCUACUCCUGCAACGUUCUUGAGGGAUACUGGACCAUGUACGAGCACCCCAACUACCAAGGCCGCCAGUUCUUCCUCAGGCCCGGCGAGUACCGCAAAUUCAGCGACUGGGGUGCCACAUGCGCCAACACCGGCUCCUUCCGGAGGGUCACUGAUUUUGGAAAUGUAUAUAAACAUAACCUCUCAUUGACAACACAACACAGCGACGUAUAUCCCCCAUCAACAGCCAUGGGCAAGAUCAUCUUCUUCGAGGACAAGAACUUUGGUGGCCGUCACCAUGAGUGCAUGAGUGAUUGCGCUGACCUGCACUCCUACUUCAACCGCUGCCACUCCAUCAGGGUGGAGAGCGGCUGCUUCAUGAUCUACGACCGUCCCAACUUCAUGGGAAACCAGUACUUCAUGAGGAGGGGCGAGUACUCCGACUAUAUGCGUAUGAUGGGCAUGAACGACUGUGUGAGGUCCUGCCGUAUGAUCCCCAUGCAACGCGGCAACUUCAGAAUGAGGAUCUACAACCGCAACGACAUGAGCGGCCAGAUGAUGGAGUUGAUGGACGACUGCCCCAACGUUAUGGAUCGCUUCAACAUGUCCGACAUCCACUCCUGCAACGUGAUGGACGGCCACUGGCUCAUGUACGAGCAGCCCAACUACAGGGGAAGGCAGUACUACCUGAGGCCCGGCGAGUACAGGAGGUUCAGCGACUGGGGCAGCAUGAGCCCAAGGAUCGGCUCCAUCAGGCGCAUCAUGGACCUCUAAAGACAGCGGGGUUCUUGUGAAGUGUCUGCUGUAUGCCUUCUUCCACACACUGAAUAAAAUGGUGUCAGUGCUCAA